UUGAUAUUUGAUAUAAUAUCUCAAUUAUGUUGGCAACCAAAAUCAACCACAAUAGCUCCUCAAAUGAUAUAUAUAAAAUAUAUAAUUUAAUACAUGAAUACGAUAAAUUACUAAAAAAAGAUGCCUUAAGUAUUGUUUCGGUUGGUUCGGAAAACGGUUGCGGUGAGGUAAUUAUUGAUGAAAAAAGUAUAUCCAAAACACGUUCGAACGCUGAUCGAGAAUUAUGUUUGAUUAAUGCAAUAAAAUAUAAUAUAAAAAAGAAUGGAUGGUGUUGCAAUAAAGAUCUAGAUGGCCCAAAACCUGCAUUCACCAUACACUUUGCUAACAAACCAGAAACAAUUAUGUUCAAGACGCCAAUAAUAUGUACUGCAAAAGUUACGAAAAAUAUGUUUUCCAUAUGGAACAGGAAUAGGAUAACAGCUCCGCGUAGUCACUUAUUUAGAAGCAAAAGACACCACGACGUGGUUAGCGAUGAUGUAGACAUCAAUUUAGCGCUGCUUGAAGAUGGUAAUUUUGAAAACAGUAUCGUGUGGUUUCUUUUCAAACUUUUAAACGACUUGUCUUUGCUUUUGGAAGAUAAAUUUGGAACCGAUCAGUGUUUUGCGUAUGACAAAUAUGAUAGAUCUUAUAUGAAUCAGAAAUCAUUUGCUCUACCAUCCAGCUUGAGAUUAAAUGUACAGGUAAAGAGUGUCUAUGCUAAAUGUAAGACAUUCCUUGGGGAAAUGUAUAUGAUAGCAAGUAAGAACAAGGUAUUUGAUAAAUUAUUGUAUAGUGAAUGUGAACAGAGUUUAAAUCAGUUAAAAGUUAAAAUUGCAUUUCUUGGGCCUUUUCAAAAUUGGAAUGCUGCCUACGCUAAUGAAAUCGAAGAAAAAUACAUGGAAGGUGCACAACAUUUAGCACAAAUAUUACAACAAUUAUGCGAUUUAGUCGCAAACCUGAAUUAUAAGAUACACAUUUUUGAUUGGGCUGUUAAAAUAAAAAGAGAAUUCCUUUCCGACAAUAAUAACAUAACAGAUUAUUCAAAUUACAAUACACUAAAUUACAUAAAACGUCAUGUCAUAUCAAUUAAUGCGCUUACUCAAUGUGGUAAUGUUCAAGAUUACGAUUUUGCUACAAACUUAGCAGGCUUGCAGAUGCGCACGGUUAUAGGUGCAGCUACAGAAGAAGAUUUUAUAACAUCAUAUGUUGCAAUUAAUAAAAAAGAAGUACAGCGUAACCAAAAAAAUUUCGCAAUCAACGUUCCAAAUAGUGCGCAGAAUUCAACAAACUACUUUGAUGCAUCUCAUAUAGUGCAUGAAAACAUAUCUAGAUUACAAAAUAAGAAUAAAGACGUUGAAUUACAAACACAUCGGGCACUAAGUUGUGCUUAUUUGCAAAAUACGUUGUUUGACAAUGCCGAAAAUUUAAAUAAUUUUAAACAAAAUACAACUUUUGCCGGCCCUCAAGCUAACGAAAAAGUUGUUCCACGAUAUGUUGCUAAUAUGCCACUUGUUGUGUGCGAUACUUCAAGCAACAAUUCAUUAGAUAUGUGGCAGCAAACAUCAAAUCGUAGUCAAUCAGCAGGUGAAAUUGUGCAGUUUGAAACGAAUCAAUAUGAUGAAAUUGCUAAGGUUUGGAAUUCACAAGGAGUACUUUCAACAAAAAGUCAAACUCUAAUACAACCUAAUAAAAACCGUUCAUUUUCGCAACAACGUUCGAUGCCACUACAUGUAAGUGCUACAAGUCGUGCAAAUUUAAUUGCUUUAAAUGACGAGUUAGAUUUGGUUAAGAAAAGUUCUGGACGGGGUUGUGUUCAUAAUAACGACUUUAAAACUAUUCAACAAGUUAAUACGCCGUUGUCUAUAAGUAAUAAUAGUAGACAGUAUUUAACUGAUUUAUGUCAAGAGAUGAAUAACAUUGAUGUACCAAUAUCACAAGAACCAUUGCCUAGGUGGCGUCAAAAUUUACGUUGUACAAGUAACUACAAUGAAGCUGCUGCGCAGUUUGUUUCAAAAAAUCAACAGAUUGGUGAUGUUAAUAAAAAUCUAGAAAUGACAUCAAAACAAAUUGAUGGUGCAAUUACGUUUGAAAGAAGACUACAUAAACCAACAGGCAAUAAUGAAAUGAAUAAGAUAGCAACGAAGUUUUUGAGUAAUAACGAAGCACAUGACGUAGCAAUAGGUUAUAGUAAAAAUGCUAAUGAAAUAAAACAAUAUUUACUGUUUGCUAAACCAGACAAUGCAGUAUGUCAACUUUCACAAAUACAGAAUGAAAAUCAAGUUAAAGCAGAAUGCUUUGGUAACCAAAUGCUUCAAGAUGUGCGUGCAAAUUGGAAUAACAUUGGAAGAGAAAACACUGACAGUACGCCUUUUGGUAGAUCUCAUUCUAGUGAAAACCAUUUUGAUGAUUUUAAAAAUAUGUGCAACAACAACAAUGUAAUGCAUAAAGUAAAUGCUGAUCGUUCAAAUUUAUUGCACACGCAAAAUACAAAUAUUUGCAAUGUUGCUAACAUUUGGUCUGAUAACAAAGCAACAGAACAAGGAGUCUCAUUAGCUAACAACAAUCAACAAUUGCAUGUGACUCAGCAGCCUUUAGCUGCUUCAGCACCAAAUGCAAAUGCGCAAAGUAUUAUAAACACAACUGAAGCAGGAUAUCAAUCGGGUAUGUACCCACAUAAUUCAUUGCGUUACAUGCGCUAUUAACA